GGUCGUGCAUUGAUGUAUUUGCUUGACACUCUUGGAUUUGAGAGCUUUAACGAUGUUCUACCAAUUUACCUUGGAGAUGACAAAACAGAUGAAGAUGCUUUUAAGGUUAUAAGACACAUUGGAAGAGGAUUUCCCAUCAUUGUUUCUUCAAUUGUCAAGGAGACCAAGGCUUCAUAUUCUCUGCGUGACCCUGCUGAUGUGAUGACUUUCUUGACAUGUUUAGCAAAAUGGAAGAAGAACAUGUUACAGAAAACUAAAUAGACUUAUGAGAUUGUAGGCUAAUUUGUUCCUUUUUAAAUUUAACAAAUUAUCCUUGAGUUUGUAUGUCGAGACAAGGACUUGAGGAUGAUAAUAAUAGGAAAUGAUUCUGUAGAUGUACUUCAGC